AUGAGCGGGGCACCAUUCAUCCCGGAGCUGCCCCUCGGUACCGUUGAGACGGGCGGUGGCUGGGGCGUGGGGGAGCAGUUUGCGCGUCUCCCACCGGCAUCCGUGCAGGCGGAGUCUCGCACUCCGGUGUACACAGUGGCACGAGAGAGGAGCGGCGACAACAACGACACCAACGACUCUGACGAAGACUCCGUUACUCAAGAGGGGUCGGCGGGGGUUGAGGCGGCGGAGGCAGAGACGGUGCCGACGACGCAUUACAGAAGGAUUUCUGCGGAGGACGAUAACACGUUUGUAGACCACGGUAGCACGGCACCUCCUGCGGCCCCCGGCAACGAUGUUGUCAACGCCGUAAACACCGGGGCCCCUCAUAGUAUGACCGACUUCCGCGGUGGUAGAUCUCCGAAUCAGGGCCCAACCCCAGCGCACUCGCUGCACGUGAAGUUUCUACGCCCUGUAUCGCGUAUGAUGGCAGGAUUGCCGGUGCGGGCGACGGUUGUUGCGCCUGAUGGUGCCUCUCUAUGGGUUGCCUUUGGCGAUGAUCCCGUUACAAUGUUAGAUUUUAAGGGAUCGGAGCUAAAUAUUAGCCGAACUGUGGAUGUUACUCAGGUGCACGCCAUGGCGGUGGUUCGUGUACCAGCGGCAAAGGUGGUGUCGUUUAAACCGUCUUCUCUCGCUGUACAUCAUGCAAGCCAUGCAGCUGCGUCAAAACCGCAGAUGAAUGAGGGGGAUGAGGCGGACACGUAUGUGCUGUGGUGUGGUAUCACCCGUGGCAGCAUUGUAAUUGUAGAUCUCACGAAUUUUAGCAUCUCAGGUGUCAUUAAAGGGGCACAUGCUCAGACUAUUAGUGGACUCUGGUACCUUGGCACUGGCAAGGUGUGGACCGCCGGCUACGAUAAGGCGCUAAAGGUGUGGGAUCCACAAACCCGUCGUCGUCUGAAGAGCCGUAACAUUGCCACCAUCGUUUCGGAUCUUUGCUACGUGCGUAGCUGUAAGCAGGUGUGGACGAUCAGUGACGACGCGUACAUUCGCGUCUUUGACGCCGCCGGGAACAAUGUGCAGGUGGCGAAGCCGUCGCCUGACAAGCCGGAGAAUACUCUCCGCAUGCGAAGUGAGAUGCGUUUUAUCGCGUACUACGAACCGGCUACUCUCGUCUACGUUGCACUCACACGCAGCCUCGCCGCCAUUGACCCAGCAACGUGUGAAAUAACUGCCGUCAUCAACGCCAGCAUCAGCUCCAUGACGUUCAUGGAGAAUACGGCUCUCGUGACCGGAUACGGUGAGUGGCUGCAGUGCACAAAGGAGGCGAUUGGUCUCAUCGACCUCAGCGACCCAUACGCGCCGUCGCUGCUCUUCCGCGGAGGUCCACUGGGAGGGGGCGUGACAUCCGUCGGGAUGCGGCUCCUCACCGCAGUGCCUUUUGCCGUCGCUGCUCAGGAGGCGGGGCGGUCAGAGCGCUUCCUUUCAGUGUUCAGUUACGAGGACUCCAAGGCGUUCUGCCGGGGCGGAAUAGUAGCGUCGGUUCCGCAGCAGCGCAAGAUUACCCUCGACGCCCCAAGCACGCGGCGCCCAGUGGCCGCGUUGCAGCAGGGGGUCACCGCCGCCAAUGCCACUGCCGCGUCUACGCCCUUGGCGGCGAUCUCGCCUUGUCCGGUCGCGUUUGCCAUAGGCAAGCGGGGGCUGCUGAUACGCGAGGAGAGCAAUGCCACCGCUCUGCCGCCGCAUCGCGGCGCCGUGGUUUUCUCAAGGGUGGAUGGCAGCAGCGGCGGCAACAGCACGCUCAUCCCCUACCCCAACUUGUAUACCUCUGGCAGCAGCACUAACAAUAAUAAAUACGUCUCCGUCGCCGCCACCAGUGCGGUCAGCGGCAGCACGAAUCGAAGCACCGCCGCCGCCAUCCAGCCAGACUACGGCCGCAAUGUCAACAAAAGUAGCCUCAACGGUGGUGUGGAGCAGCGAAACAUCGCGGUGCAGCUGACGACGCCCCCAGAACUACUGGCCUCGCUGAAUAACAUUGAAAAGAAGACGGAGGAUCUCAAGUCGUUGCUCGCUCAAAUGCGCGCCUCGCGUCCACUGCUAGACGACUUCUCCAAGUUGCACGCGUUAGUCUCUCGCAUGGCAAUGAACAACCAAUUAGGGCUCUCCCUCGAUGCGGAGGAGUCGGAAGCUAUUGAGCGGGAGUACCAAUCCCUUGAGGGGCGCGUCAUCGUUUCAGCCGUGGAGCGUCUGCACAAAAGUGCAGCUGCUUCAUUGCUGCCCGCGCCACCAAACUCCACCCGCGUCCGUGAGAGCAUUGCACGACGUGACAAUGUUGGCAGUGAGGCAGCCACACCACAACUCUUGUCAGAUAGAUGUCCACAUAGUGUGACAGAGAUUAUGAAUAGCAGCAAAUUAGAGGAGACGGGCAGUGUUGGGGGCUCGGAAAUUCCGCCGGAGUCGUUGCUGCGCUGGGUUGCCCAAAUCACGAGAUCUGGGCAGGGCGAGAGGGAGUCCCACCGAAGACAGCUAGAAACGUUGCAGCGGCACAAUACACGAAUUGUGGAGCGCAAUGCCGCGCUGAUCAACGGUAUUACGCGCAUAGAACAGGCCCUUCGCACGCAGGCACAACGAUUACUCGAAGACGCCGACGCCGCUGCUGCGGCUGCCGUGGCUUCGUCCGACGGCAGCUGUGAUUCCUCUGGUCACUUGUAUGCCCAGAGACAUAUUCAGCUCCUUAGUCAAUCACUGCAACAGAUUGAAUCGGUGUCCGUGUCAAGUUCCCCCAAGGAGAUUACAGAGCUGAUGAGAAGCCUUGUGACACUUAUCUCGAGGCUGCUGUCGGCACAGCAGUUUGUACACGGCGACGAGGGCGCGCGACGUGCCCCCUAUGAUUCCACAUCGGGAAACAUGAAUCAUGAUGCAGGUCUCGAUACAACGCGUGUGUUGCUUCAAAACGGUGGUACUCUUUUAAGCGGACGGUCGCUCUCCCCAAAGUCCACCGCGAUGACUGUGUCGACGAUGCGGCCGCAGCGAAUGCGUGGCAUCGUUGAGGAUCAAAUUGCCUCCGUUGAAGAAUUUGUGAGGGAUGUUGGGAAAUUCUGGGGCUGUUUGGAAGAAACGCAGAAAGUUAUAUACGUUCCAUACGAGGGUGGAAAGAAACCUGAUCUUUUCCAGGACUUUAUGCAGUUUGGCGUCCUCUGGCACUUGCGCGAGGCGCAGGUUAUGGUGGAUGUCUGCAGAAAGGAGUCCGUCAUGGCGAUGGCGGAGGUUCUUUUGCCUGAUAUUGAGAGUAAAGAGGGUACUGUAGAUAACACAAUGAUGGGCGCUACACGCGACACCGCCGCCCUCGCCGCCCCGGAGAAGGCAGUCCAUAACAAUGGCGCAAGCAGCUCCAAGAGUAAUAGUGUAACCGUGAACAACGCCACCAGCGACUUCCGAGCAUCGUCCAGCGGUGUCGCGGUGGCGGCACGAAGCGACUCGGCUCGUCUAGUUAGCAUAGGCCUUGAGCUGGAGUCAGUCGCCUCACACAUUCGUGAGUCACUUAAAGAGUCUGGGCGAAACCUUCAAAAGGGAAUUGCGAGGGAAGCCUUUGGUGGCUUUUUCUUAAUUCCGAAUGAGAAAUUUCUCAUUGACGCCACAAAACUGCGUGGAAUGUUGUACUGGGAGCGCGUCUCAAUGCAUCUACUCUACGAAUGCCUCGAGUGUCUUGAGGAGCUCCUGUUUCACAGCGAUGAGCAGCCGCGUGUGUUUCGCAAAGACAACUUUAAGGCCUUGGAGCAGCAGGUGGUCGACUGGCGUGUCUUUUUGGAGGAUGUCCACGGGGAAUCCACGCAGCUGCGUUCUGUUAUUCUCUCGUCGCAACAGGAGGGCGGUGCAGGGCGGACGUCGACAACAACGGUAGGGAGUUCGGUUGGCUUUACUCGCAGUGGCUCGCUGGGCUCGCGUGAGCUGAGUCGUAACAAUGAAGGCGAUACGCUUAGUCCAGAGCGAAGUAUGCAGUGGGUGAUGCUUUUUGGGCUUUACGUGCAAUACGCCGAGCGAACAGAGGCCACUCCGAUACUGUUUGCAUCACAUGACCCCAGCGACACUGUGACUGCGGCAGAUUUUGGGCUGAUGGCGCUUCUUGACGAAUUUGCCGAAGUCGUGGAGACGGUGCGUGCAAAGAGUGCGGCGUUGCUGCGCUACUGCCAGAAGAUACAAGGCCGAAUUGCUCGCAUCGUAGAAGAUGUGGUGGUGAAUGAGGAGACUGGUCAAGUCUUCGUUCCGGCGUGCCGCGGGGGUCCGAUUGCUGAGCGGUACUGCAAGGGCUUUUGUCACGAUAUGAACUGA